AUGUUCCCGCCGCGCACGGAGGCGCCGAGCGCCGAAAAGCUCGCGCUCUGCUACGCGCCCCACGUCGACAUGACCACUGUCAUCGAAGUCGAGGACCGGCUGACGGGCCACGGCGGCAUCUCGUCCCUAGGCGGUGGCAACAGCUCGCCGUACUCCGGGGCCCACCACCACGGACACCGCGGCAACGGCAACGGCGGCGGCAUGCCCCACCACGGGGGUGCCUCGCUGCCCACUGCCUCGGACUUCCAGCCGCCCUACUUUCCGCCGCCCUUCACCUCCCACCACCAUGCCCCGGCCAGUCCACAACACCCCGGCCUCGGGCAGCCCCAGCACCUCGACUACCUCGUCGGCGACCCCUACACCCAGACCCUCAACACCCUGCACCAGCACCACUACAACCACAUCAGCGCGGCCGUCAGCGCUGGACAGAGGAGCGGGGACCUCCGGAGGGACACCGAGGCCAUACACGUCACAAACAUGCACGCGUCGUUUCCGUACGACGGCGGCCGGAACAGUGGCGGAGGAGGCGGCGGGGGUGGCGGUGGUAACGGCGGACGGAACGUCGAUUACGGCGCGGUGAGGCGCCCGGACGCACUGCUGCCACCUCCGGGGCUCGACCAGACUGACCUGGUGCUGCACACAAGUCUCGUUGACGACCCCCAGAACACAAACGUGGACGACGGGAGUUUCAUGAACGACCUGCCGCUGCUGAAAAACAUGAAGCCAUCGGAUCGAGGGGACAAGGGGAUGCUGGCGGGCAACGCGCAGCCGGCCAACGUGUUCUGCUCGGUCCCGGGCAGACUGUCGCUCCUGAGCAGCACCAGCAAGUACAAAGUCACGGUCGCGGAGGUCCAGAGACGGCUGUCACCCCCGGAAUGUCUGAACGCGAGUCUACUGGGUGGCGUUUUGCGGAGGGCGAAAUCCAAAAACGGGGGACGCCUCCUCAGGGAGAAGCUCGAAAAAAUCGGGCUGAAUCUCCCCGCCGGCAGGAGGAAGGCCGCCAACGUCACGCUACUCACCUCGCUGGUUGAAGGAGAAGCUAUCCACCUCGCUCGAGACUUUGGCUACGUCUGCGAGACCGAGUUCCCGGCCAAACAGAUCGCCGAGUACAUGUGCCGGCAUCCGCAGAGCGAGCCACAGGACUCCUACAGGAGGAAAGAACAGAUACACUCCACCAAGAAGAUCACCAAAGAGCUGAUAGAACUUUUGCGUGCGGACAUGUCGCCCCUUUGCAACACUCGGCCGGACCAGAUCCUCGACCAGAGCAUACAGAGACACCUCACGCACUUUUCUCUCAUAACGCACGGCUUCGGCAGUCCAGCCAUCGUGGCUGCUCUCACGGCUAUGGAUAAACUGCUUGGCGAGUCGCUGAAUCACCUGGAAAAAAUGUACCCGGGCAACGGCAGCGGCGUGACGAGCAGCCAGCAGUCGAACCUCGACGUCAAGAGCAAGGAGCUGAGCAUGAUGGGCGACAUGAAGAAGUGACGCCCGGACGAGCCGUUGGCGCCCGCGACGCACGUCGUCACCUCGAUCAGGCACUCCUGGCCCUACAACUGAGGUGGCUCGUUCGCGCGGGUACCGCUCGAACCUCGCCACCUUCGUCGCCGACGAUGCUCCCCUGGCCAGGAAAAAAAAAAAAAAGCGCGCGCGUGCAGCGCGCCACGGGCUUCGGUUUGGCUCUGAAAAGUUAGGAACUGUGUGUCUGUGUGCGUGAGUGCAUGUGCGUGGGGAGAAAAGUGUACAGGAAGGCCGCCUGCCUUUCCUCCGAGAGACAGGGGUGCUAGAGUCGCUGCCGAGGACGAUCACGUUGGGGGCGCCGCUCUACGGGCGCACCGAAGCCGUCCGAGGCUAAACCGAACGAUUUUUCAUUAUUAGGUAGAUUGAGCGCGUGAGUGAGUGUAGCAGUAUGCAGUGGCGUUGGGGAACGUUGAAUUAAAAAGUUUACUAUUUUACUCUUGUAAUAUAUUACUAAGCUGCGAUAAGUGUAUCGUGGCGGGAUACCUAUGCUGAUGCAUUUUAGUGAGAUAACGGGGGUGUGAGCGCAGCAUACCAACAUAUGCUGGGCGCACAGCGUCGUUUCGUUUCAUCUCGGGAUGGGGGCCGAGGGACAAGAGGAGCGCUUUGGGCUGAAGAAAAAAAAAAAGAAAAAAAAAGGAUCUCGUAAACACCUGUGCAUUAUAUAUUUUGUUUAGAGAGGAAAUUUAAGAGAAAAAAGAAUUUAUGUAUACAUACAGAAAUGAUGUGAUGACGAUAGAAUUCGGUGAAUGUUAUUAUGCGAAAUACUAGUACGGAGAGAGCUCAUCGAUUCCAUUGUAUAGAGAGUCCUCUUGGAUUUUUUUUAACAGAUUUUAUUGUAAUAUCUCAAAAUACUUUUAUUCGAUACUUUUGCGUGAUUGAAAAAU